CAGGUUUGCGCGCUUUAUUAUAAAGAGGACCGUAGCGCUAGGUUUGACCUUGUGGGCGCGACUCUUCCCUCCACGCUCACACUCGUCGUACUCCUAGUCACCAUCCCCAGCUUAAGUCACAAUGAAGAGCGCGUCGUUCUUCUCGGCAUUCGGUGCUAUUCUUCUGGCUACGGUUUCCACGACGUGCAAGGCGAAUGACAAUCACGACCAUGGCCACACGGAUGUUCACGCGUUUAAUGUAUCGUCUCAGACGCUCACCGACCCCUACCCCUACUACUUCCCCGUCUCUGAUGCUCAGAAAGAAGAUGAGACUCCGUUUCCGAUGCCGCUUUGUUAUGGGACGCGGGUAGAGGAGGCGAGUAUCGUGCAGUUGCAGGGGUAUUUGACGGAUGGGACGUUGACGAGUGCGAAGCUGUUGGAGUGUUAUUUGAGGAGGAUUAUGCAGGUGGAUACGUUUGUUGAGGGCAUAAUGGAACUCAACCCCGACGCCUUCGAAAUUGCGCACGCCCUCGACCUCCAACGCUCACAAGACAACUUCACCCUCCCCUCACCCGUAUACGGCAUCCCUUUCCUCGUCAAGGACAACAUCGCCACCAAGGACAAAAUGCAGACUACUGCAGGAUUCUGGGGCCUCAUCGGCUCCGUUGUCCCUCGAGAUGCGCACGUCGUGAAGCUGUUGAGGGAGGCUGGAGCGUUGUUAUUGGGACAUGCGACGCUGAGCGAGUGGGCGGAUAUGAGGAGUAAUAGUUAUUCGGAGGGGUACUCGCCAAGAGGUGGACAAGCGAGAAGUCCGUAUAACCUUACCAUGAAUGGCGGUGGCUCCUCGACCGGAAGCGCAGGUGCCGUCGCAGCCAACGAAGUCACCUUCGCCCUAGGCACCGAAACCGACGGUUCAGUGAUCUCACCCUCCGAGCGUAACGGCCUCGUCGGUCUCAAACCCACCGUCGGUCUUACUAGCCGCAAGGGCGUCAUUCCGGAGAGCGAGCAUCAGGAUACGGUCGGUGUAUUGGCGAGAAGCGUGGCGGAUGCGGCUGCUGUGUUGGGUGUUAUCGCGGGUGUGGAUGAGCGGGAUAAUUAUACGUUGGCGCAGGUGGAGGAGCCAGGGAGGACGUUCACUGAUUACACCCAGUUUCUUGCUAAUUCGAGUGCGCUCGAAGGUGCUGUCUUCGGUGUUCCGUGGGAGAGCUUCUGGGUGUAUGCAGAGGCUGAUAACCUACCUGGCUUAUUCGCGGCUAUCGAGGCUAUCGAAUCUGCUGGAGGCACUGUUUUGAAUGGAACGGAGAUUCCGAACUACGCGACCUUCAUCUCGCCUGACGGCUGGGAUUGGGACUACGGCACCACGCGCGGCUUCCCCAACGAAUCCGAAUUCACGGUCGUCAAAGUAGACUUCUACAACAACAUCAAGACGUACCUCUCCGAGCUCUCGAACACCAACAUCCGCUCGCUCGAAGACAUCGUGGCGUAUAAUUAUGCGAAUGACGGGACGGAGGGAGGCACGGCGGGCGUGCAUCCGGCGUUCAAGAGCGGGCAGGACAGCUUUUUGGCGAGUUUGGAGACGAAGGGGGUGAGGAAUGAGACGUAUUGGCAGGCGGUGGAGUAUUGUAAGAGAGGAGCGGGGGUGGAAGGGAUUGAUGCAGCCCUCAAGUAUAACAAAACGGAUGGUAUCAUUGGCACCCUCGAUGGUCUCCUCGUUCCCUCCAACGUAGGCCAAUCGUACCAAGUCGCCGCCCAAGCUGGCUACCCGAUGAUCACUUUCCCCGCCGGCGUCAACAACAACGCGAUGCCCUACGGCCUCGGAAUCAUGAACACCGCCUGGUCAGAACCACUGCUCGUCAAGUGGGGCUCGGCGAUUGAAGAUCUUCUGAGGACGAAGGGCACGGUGCGACCUACGCCGAAGUGGUGGAUGUACACGACGAAGAAUAUUCCGGUCUUGUAUGAUUCAUGAGACGGAUGGUCUUCGUUAACCGUCUUCCCCUUGCGUCCAAUUGCAGGCUGUCUUGCAAUAUUUUUUGUUCCUUGACAUGGCUAUUGACGGUAUCGAUAUCAGGCACGCCAGGGUCGUUUCAUCCGAGUGGAGGUCACCACGCCUUGAACUGUCCUCGAGAUCUGAUCGCCGAACGACUGAUCUGUCGUCAUUUGAGGCAUUUCACCGAUUUGGCAUGGAUAUCCCCUGGUUUCCUAGGGACCGCCAGGCACGAU